AUGGACUUCAAUGAAAAGGCCAGUCAUGUGGAGAAGAUUAUUGAUGUUUUGGACCUCAGGCACUGUCAGGACACCAUUAUUGGAGAUAUUAUGAAGAGAGGCCUUUCAGGUGGCGAGAAAAAGAGAGCUAACAUUGCCUGUGAAUUGUUAACAAAUCCAAAUAUCCUGUUAAUUGACGAGCCGACCUCUGGUUUGGAUUCGAGUACAGCUCACAGUCUGAUGCAAACACUCAAAGAAUAUGCAGUUAAAGAAAAGAAGACAAUUGUGGCUACUCUUCAUCAGCCAUCGUCUCAAAUGUUUUAUAUGAUCGACAAGUUAUUGUUGUUAUGUUGCGGACAAUCAGCCUAUUUUGGGGACAUAUCAGCAGUGGUUCCGUUCUUUAGUGGUAUAGGUUUGGAGAUCAGCGCUCACUAUAAUCCGGCAGAUUUUGUUAUGGAAAAAGUGAAGAACACUUCGCUUCAGGAAAAGAUUAUAACUGCGGCCAAAGCUUUGCCUAAACUGCCAUCCGAUGAGUCGGACGAUCACAUACUCUCACAACACAGUUCCUAUCGAGAAGACCAGAGCCACGGGACCCACUCUUUCCACACAGAAUCCAAUGAUUUGAUUGACAAUAACUCCACUUUGAAACCAAUUGAAUUGCAUGUCAUUAUUGACGACGAAAAGCAUAGAGUUUAUGAUAAGAUUGUUUGUGACGACGACUCGGGCCGGUCCUCCUGGUCUCAAACUGACCGCAGCUCAACCUCAACCUUCUCUUCCAAUUGUUCAUAUAAUGACGAGAUUUGCGUUAAUUUAUAUUCCUUACCAAAUGGCCAGAAAUGGCCGACAAGUUUCUGGACUCAACUCAGAGUAUUAACGAAACGCAACUUUUAUGAAGCGCGACAUCGGAUGCUCUCUAAACUUAAUUGGAUUCAAACCAUAGCCUUAGCACUUGUGGCCGGACUUAUUUGGUUUCAAGUGGUCAGGACUGAGGACACGUUGAACGACAUUAAGGGCUGGAUGUUCUUCACGACAACAUAUUGGAUGUUAUUCGCGCUCUUCGGAGCUCUCAUAUCAUUCCCAGCGGAAAGGGAUGUCAUCAACAAAGAGCGAUCUUCGGGUGCAUACCGUCUCUCGUCCUACUAUAUCGCCAAAAUGAUUGGAGAACUUCCGCUCACUAUAACACUUCCCUCAGUAUUCUUUGUCAUAUCGUAUCCAAUGAUGGGUUCUUCCAACACAACCACAUUCCUCUCGUUGUGGGCUUUCCUUAUACUCUCAACGAUUUGUGCUCAAAGUGUAGGUCUAUUCAUAGGCGCGUUAUGUACUGAUCUGGAAGUGUCGGUUACACUGUCGGCAUUUGUAGGUCUAUUCAUAGGCGCGUUAUGUACUGAUCUGGAAGUGUCGGUUACACUGUCGGCAUUGUAUUCCUUAUCAACCAUGUUGUUUGCCGGCUACUACUCGGCCAAAAUGCCCGUCUGGUUGUCUUGGCUGAGGUACUGUUCAAUAGUGUACUACGCCUUCAUGAAUAUGCAAAUGAGUGAGUUCUUCAACGGACCCCCAGUCGAGUGA